AUGAGUCAUUCUCCGACUCGUCAACUGUGGAAAGGCAGUCUUUCAAAAUUCCAAUCACUCCUAUUCGCUCAUCAUUGUCGCAAUUCUCACUCUUUUUCUUCUGAAAGAACCACCUCUCUUCGAUACUAUUCCAUUCUCUCUAAAAUUAAAAAAACAAAACAGAAAAUUAAUACAAUUCAACAAGAACAUCAAGUCAAUCCAACAAGUCUAAUCACACCCGAACGUGUCGAUUCAUUUAUUUCCAAACAAUUUCCUGAAAAAUAUAAAGAAAUGAAAAAAGCAGAAGGCUUGUAUUCUCUAGUGGAUCAUCAAGAAGGCUUUUCUUCCUUGCCGAUGACGAAUAUAGACACAACAACAAUGAUACCUCCGACAACAACAACAACCACGACGACUACUUACCCUAACAACACCACUGCAACCACAAAUACCACCAACAUGACCACAACAACAAAUGCAACAAAUAGUAAAAGAAAUCAUUCCAUUUCCUUUAGAGAAAUGCUCACCAAGGAAGAACGCAUUGAAUUGGAUUUAGAAAAUUUAAAAAAUAUUUUCAAAAAAACAGCAAAACAUUCUCCAAAUCAUUCCAAAGUUUGCAAAGUAACAAUUAUUGGAGCUCCAAAUGCAGGAAAAUCAACCAUUCUCAACAAUCUAGUCCGAAGAAAAGUAUCUGCUGUAUCUCCAAAGACCCAAACCACUCGAAAUCGUUCUCUUGCUGUACUCAAUGAAUCCUCUCAUCAAAUUGUGUUUUUUGAUACACCUGGUAUUCUAAAUAUGGAACAUUCCAAAUUGAAAGUGGAUAAAACUGCGAAAGAAACAAUCGAAGGAUUACAAGAUGAAUCAUGUUUAACUAUGGAAUUGGCUGAUGUUGUUUUAUUAAUGAUUGAUGUAACAAAACCAUUGCAACAUGUUGAUCAUAUUUUAGAUUUACUUUCAAAAUAUGCAAAAAAAGAAAAACAAUUUCAUUUAUGUGCAUUAAUUAACAAGUGUGAUAUGGUGGAGAUGGAUCGAUGUGAAGAAUAUAGAUUUGAAUUGAUUCGUUCCAAUGUAUUUGAUCAAGCAUUUAUUGUGAGUGCUAAAACAGGAUAUGGAUUGGAAAGUUUGAAAAAGUAUUUAUUUGAAAAGUCAAAGAGUAGAAAAUGGUAUUUUGAUGAAACAGAUGGAGUAACACCUUCCAUGACUAGUCGUGAUGUUGUGGCAGAGGUUAUUCGAGAGAAACUCUAUCGAAGAUGUAAUAAGGAAGUACCUUAUCAAACACAAAUUCGUAUUCCCAAAUUAGAAUUGUCUCCAUCAGGUGAAUAUUUAAUCAUUGAUGCUGAUUUGAUUGUGAGAAAUGUUGGACAGCAACGUAUUGUUCAAAAUGCUCUCAAAUAUGUCAAUACUUAUGCCACUGCAGAUUUGCAGAGAAUGUAUAAGGCAAAUGUAGUCAUGCAAUUUACCAUUAAAGUAAAAUAA